AUGGCCCUAAGCCAGCAACAGCAGCAAGACAGCCUGCAGCCACCCGCGGUGCAGCGGCCAUCCGUCUCCAACGAAGGGAGCCAAGGAUAUACGCGCGAUGGAUCCUACGCAAAUUUUGGGUUGCAGGCGUCGCAGCAGGACCCCGGCUGGAUAGAGCGGGUUUUAGAGGAAAUGAAAGACAUGCUUCUACUUCUCAACGCCCAGGGUCGCAUCACCUAUGCGUCGCCCUCUGCGAAGAACAUCACAGGGCGCUCACCGAAACAACUCGAAGGGACUCCGAUUACAGAAUAUAUUCACGAAGGUGACCAUGCCAUCUUCCAUCGCGACAUGGAUGAUGCGGUCGCUAAGAAUCGUCCGUUCCGUACCCAUGUUCGAUUCCAGAAGACCAAUAGCGGUCAUUGCCUCAUCGAGAUCUACGGACACCCGCAUAUUGCCAAUGCAAAUGCGGCACAGGGCCGGAAUACAACUCCCCAGGAUCUAUGUACGGGCUUCUUCCUCAUGUGUCGGCCCAACCCCUCGAAAGCCUCACUGCUCCUCGAUUCUUUUCUCGAACACAAAAUUGAGAAUGCGCGACUUGUGCAACAAAUUGCCAAGCUGCAACAGGAGGAGGAGGAAGAAGCAAGCAUGAACCGAGCUUCAAACAGCAAGAUGGAGGACGACCAAGAGCCGAUGGAUCUUUCUAUUAUUCCAGGGAUCUUGAGCGACCAGGAAUCCAGCGAGACUGCUGCAGCGCAGUCAGAUGAAUCCGCUACCAGCGAAGGGGCAGAUUUUUACGAUCGGGAACCUCGACCAGAGGGCCUAUCGCAUAUCGAUGGCAUCGAGGUCAUCACAGGCCUCUUCUAUGGCGAUGGCGAGCGGUCGCAGGGUCUCAGUACUGGUUCGCGCCAGGGUCGACUAGUCCAAUGUGAUAUCGAUAUUACCACCGCUGCAGAUCAAGCACGGAAUGUGCAAGAGGGAGACAGACGUAAACGACUCAAGAGUCAGCAUGUUUGCAGUGAUUGUGGAACCGCCGACUCGCCCGAAUGGCGGAAAGGACCCGAAGGGCCUAAGACUUUAUGCAAUGCCUGUGGCUUGCGCUGGUCCAAGAAAGAGAAAAAGCGCCAGGGGUCUGCCUAG